AUGUCUGACUGGGAGGAUAACGAUCAUGAUAAUAUUUCCGUUCGUGUUGCCAAACCGAACAAAUGGGACGAUGAGGAUGUUGAAAAAGAAGAAGACGUCAAAGAUAAUUGGGAUGAAUCAUCGGAUGAAGAAAAUGAAAAGGCAAAAACUACAACUACUCCAGCAGCACCACCGAAAAAGAAAAUAAGUGCGGCACAGAAGGCAAUCGCAAAGAAAAUGAUUAAUAAUGAUGUUAAUGAAGAGGAAGAUGAAUUAGAAAGAAAAAGAAGAGAACAACAAGCUAUAAAAGAUGCAGACAUGGAAAAUACUAAGGAAAUGUUUGGAGGAUUAGCCAUACAAGAAACUGGAACAUUAAACUCCAUGAAAUCGAACAACUCGGCUCAAUUUGUAGUUACAAAAGAAACGACAUCACCAUUAGAUAAAAUAAAUCCGAAAACAAAAGAAGAUUUUGACAAGUUUUCCAAACUUUUAGUUGACCGAAUUCAAAAACACGGGAGCCAUCACUUGUAUGUUAAUUUCAUCAACGGACUUGUACGUGAACUUUGUCUUCCUCUUAAAGAAACUGAAGCGCGUAAAAUUGCAAAUACACUGACGACUUUGGCAGAUAGUAAACUACCAAAACCAAAGAAAAAAACCAAUUCUAAACCUGUGCUUCAAGUUGAAAAUUUUGAUUCAGUUGAUGCAGCAGAUUAUGUAGAAUAUGUAUACGAUGAAUUUGAGGACUUUAUUUGAUCCUAGGGCAAUUAUAUAUACACAAGUUGAAAUUUGUUGUUCUUUAUAUAAUGGAUUAUUAUAACAUAUUAAGCUUCUUUUUAGCUCCUUGGUUUUUUUUAGCUUUUUAUUUCUAGCUGUUUUCAUUAUCAUUCUGAAGUUAAUUAUUUUAUGUAUUUACUAAUUUUUAUAAUUUUCAUCGAUGCAGUAAAACAGAAUAGGAUUAAAAGCUACCAAAAUCAAUAAUCUCGUUAUCUCAUUAUUUAUUUUAUAAUGUAUUAAUAUAAUUUCCCUAUAAUUACAAUACUCUUAAAGUUAAUAAUAAAUAGUACAAGAGGUCAAAUAUUUAUUAAAUGG